AUGUCGCCAUUAACUUUAUCUGCGACCGGGAAUUCUAGCUCAUCAGCGACUGUCAAUUGGCUUGGCAAAACACCAACACUGCAUUCAGGCACUACUUUCGGACUCCCAUGGCCACGUGGGAAACACUGGCCAGAGAGCACCACAUUUUCAAUCUCAGGCACGUCGGGCGAGACCAUUGACCUCCAGUCUUGGGUCACUGGAUACUGGUCGGACGGCUCCGUGAAGUGGACAGGCCACGCAAUCCCGGGAUUGGACUUGAUAUCCGAAGGAUACACCGUCAAAGCGACUGCAUCAAAUGGUUCGACCAACUCCACUGCUUCAGCCCGAGUAGACGACACAACCACCGGCAUUGUUGUCACUGAGUCCUCGGAUGAGAUUAAAGUCGACACCGGAAAGCUCAUUGCCUCGUUCCCCAAGACAGGCGGCACUAUUCUCAAAACAAUCGAGACGAAAAGCGGCAAGAAAGUCGGCCAAAACGGAAAGUUGGUCCUGUAUUCCCAGUCCGGAGUAGCAGACACCCCAGAAGCUCGUGGGAAUUCGUCCAUCGACUUCUUCAACUUUGAGAGUCGUAUAAGUGACGUCUCGAUUGCAGAACAGACAUCUGUUCGUGCACUAGUCACCAUUCGAGGAAAUCAUCAAGCUACAGGCUCCUCAUCUCAUGAUGCGUGGUUGCAGUUUGUGCUGCGAUUUUACUUGUACUCCAACUCGGAGUCAAUCAAGAUUGUCCACAGCCUUGUUUUUGAUGGCAAUGCUACAAGCGACUUCAUCACAGGCAUCGGGAUCCGUUUUGAUGUUCCCUUAGAUGGUGAAGAGCUGUAUAAUCGCCACAUCAGAAUCGCAGGAGUUGACGGUGGUCUGCUUAAUGAAGCCGUGCAAGGCAUCACUGGAUUGAGACGGGAUCCAGGAGCAGUGGUUAAGACUGCCCAGUUUGAUGGAACCGAGCUUCCCGAUACUGCGACUUGGGACACGAGAGUCUCUUCCAGACUUCAUUGGAUUCCAACUUGGAACGACUACUCCCUCAGCCAACUCUCCCCCGACGGAUUUACGCUCAAGAAGAGAACCAAGGCUGGGCAGAGUUGGAUCAAUAUACCGGGUGGAACUCGGGCUGAAGGGCUCGCAUACCUUGGAGGCGCGACCACUGGAGGCCUCGCAGUAGGGCUCCGUGAUUUCUGGAAGCGUUACCCUACUGGCUUCGAUAUUUCCAACGCAGCCUCUGACACUGGAAGCAUCACACUAUGGUUGUACAGUCCAUCUGCGGAGCCGUUGGAUCUCCGCCCUUUCCACGAUGGCUUGGGGCAGGACGGCUAUGCAGAUGAGCUAGAUGCGCUCCAGAUCACGUACGAAGAUUGGGAGGACGGUUUCAAUACUCCUUACGGCAUCGCCAGAACGAGCGAGAUCUCUCUGAUUGCAUUUGAUCAAACGCCAUCAAGGGAAACCCUGUCCACACUGGUUACCUAUGUCAACAACCCUCCAGUCUUGGUAGCCAACCCGAGUUACAUCAAGGACACAAAGGCGCUCGGCUCGUACUGGGACGUUCCAGAUGACAGUAGCGAUGCCGCAAAGACUUUGGAAACUCAUCUCGACUUUCUAGCCAAAUUCUAUCAAAACCAAGUUGAACAGCGCAGGUGGUAUGGGUUCCUCGACUACGGAGAUUUUAUGCACACAUAUGACACCGACAGACACACUUGGCGUUACGAUAUUGGAGGGUAUGCGUGGGAUAACUCUGAGCUUUCCCCUGAUCUUUUCUUCUGGCUCUACUUCCUCCGUACUGGUCGGGAGGAUAUUUAUAGGUUUGCUGAGGCGCUGACACGGCAUACCGGAGAGGUUGACGUAUACCAUCUCGGCAACUGGAAAGGCCUAGGCACACGCCAUGGUGUCCAACAUUGGAGCGACAGUGCCAAGCAAGCUCGAAUCUCUCAACCCCAGUAUCGGAAGUACUUUUACUACCUCUCAGGCGGCGACGAGCGAGUUGGUGAACUACUAGAAGAGCUGCUCGAUACAGACAAAACGUACGGAAUUCUGGAUCCGAAUAGGAAGGUUCGGACAGACGGGUGGACCCCAACUCCAAAUUCAACAGUUGCAAUUGGUCUGGGAACGGAUUGGUCUGCUCUUGCGGGUGGAUGGCUCAUCGAAUGGGAGCGGCGAGGAUCGCGCUGGGAAGAAUCGAAGGCAAAGCUCACAAGCACCAUCACGGGCAUCGCAAAUCUCACAAACGGCUUCGUGACGGGCGCUGGACUCUAUGAUCUUGAGCUGGGAACCCUUGGGCCCCCUCCCGCUGACCCUCAGAACCUCGGCUAUGUGUCCGUUUCUCAUCUCUCGGCCGUAUUUGGGUUACUGGAGGUUGUGUCAGAAGCGAUAGAGUACUACGGCAACACUCUGCCGAAGGGUUUCAAGCAGGCAUGGCUCGACUAUUGCUACUACUUUGGGGCAACAAAACAAGAGCAGGCUGCCCGGUAUGGUUCUAACUUUGGCAGCUUAAACCUGUUCCAAGGACAUUCUCGACUUACAGCAUACGCGGCUAAUCAGCUGAGCAACUCGACAAUCAAGAAGCGAGCCUGGAACGAGUUUUUCAACACAGAUGGGUUUUCUGCAGCUGCUCCCUGGAACACUACAUACCUUAAUGGAAGUAGUGUAUUGAUGCCAGUGGAGGAAGCAUCUUGGAUUUCAACAAAUGAUGUUGCACAAUAUGGUUUAGCAGCAAUUCAGAAUCUAGCUCUGAUAGGAGAGGCUCUCACUAGCUAG